AUGGGAGGCCUGGAGAAGAAGAAGUAUGAACGAGGCUCUGCUACCAACUAUAUCACCCGAAACAAAGCCCGGAAGAAGCUGCAGCUGAGCCUGGCCGACUUCAGGCGGCUGUGCAUCCUGAAGGGCAUUUAUCCCCAUGAACCCAAACACAAGAAGAAGGUCAACAAGGGCUCCACAGCAGCCCGAACCUUUUACCUUAUCAAAGACAUCAGAUUCCUUCUCCAUGAACCCAUUGUCAACAAGUUCCGGGAGUAUAAGGUGUUCGUCCGGAAGCUGCGGAAGGCCUAUGGGAAGAGUGAGUGGAACACGGUGGAGCGGCUGAAGGACAACAAGCCCAACUACAAGCUCGACCACAUCGUCAAGGAGCGGUACCCCACGUUCAUAGAUGCCCUGCGGGACCUGGACGACGCCCUCUCCAUGUGCUUCCUCUUCUCCACCUUCCCACGGACCGGCAAGUGCCACGUGCACACCAUCCAGCUGUGCCACCGGCUGGCCGUGGAGUUCAUGCACUACGUCAUCGCCGCCCGUGCCCUGCGCAAGGUCUUCCUGUCCAUCAAAGGCAUUUACUACCAGGCCGAGGUGCUGGGCCAGCCCAUCGUGUGGAUCACGCCCUACACCUUCUCCCACGAUCACCCAACAGACGUGGACUACAGGGUCAUGGCCACCUUCACCGAGUUCUACACUACCCUGCUGGGGUUUGUCAACUUCCGCCUCUACCAGUCGCUUAACCUGCACUACCCUCCCAAGCUUGAGGGUCAGGCCCAUGCAGAAGCGAAGGCCAGCGAGGACACCUACGCUUUGGACUCCGAGAGCUCUAUGGAGAAACUGGCCUCUCUCAGUGCCAGUCUGGCCCGUGUGGUGGUGCCUGUGGAGGAGGAGGAAGCCGAGGUGGAUGAGUUUCCUGGUGAUGGGGGGGGGAGGGAGAUGGUGGCGCAGGAGGACUGCAGGAAGGAGCUGGAGGCUCAGGAAAAGCACAAGAAGCUCUUCGAGGGCCUGAAGUUCUUCCUGAACCGUGAGGUGCCCCGGGAGGCCCUGGCCUUUGUCAUCAGGAGUUUUGGAGGGAACGUGUCCUGGGACAAAUCUCUGUGCAUUGGGGCCACAUAUGACGUCACAGACUCUGGUAUCACCCACCAGAUUGUCGACCGGCCUGGGCAACAGACCCCUGUCAUCGGCAGGUACUACGUGCAGCCCCAAUGGGUGUUUGACUCCGUGAACGCCCGGCUCCUCCUCCCUGUGGCAGACUACUUUCCCGGGGUGCAGCUGCCUCCACACCUCUCGCCCUUCGUGUCAGAGAAGGAAGGCGAUUACGUGCCCCCUGAGAAGCUGAAGUUGCUGGCCCUGCAGCGGGGGGAGCACCCAGGAAAUUUGAAUGAAUCUGAAGAGGAGGAUGAGGAGGAAGAUGAUGAAGGCGAUGGUGAUGAAGAGGGAGGAAAAGAAGAGGAGGAGGAAGAAGACAAGGAGGCUGGUUCGGAAAGGGAGGAAGAGGCCCGACUGACGGCCCCGGAGGAGCCGAGGAUGGAGGGGAAGAAGCCCAAGGUGAUGGUGGGCACAGUGAAGCUGGAGGAUAAGCAGCGGCUGGCCCAGGAGGAGGACAGUGAGGCCAAGCGCCUGGCCAUAAUGAUGAUGAAGAAGCGGGAGAAGUACCUUUACAACAAGAUCAUGUUUGGCAAGAGGCGCAAAAUCCGCGAGGCCAACAAACUGGUGGAGAAGCGGAAAGCCCACGAUGAGGCUGCAAGGUCUGAGAAGAAGGCCAAGAAGGCAAGGCCGGAGUGA